GAAAAAGUUCGACAAUUCUGUGUGUCACUCGCGAGAACACACAGCUUCCUUGCUUUUGAUUUUGAGCGACGUUCGCAUCUCGCAGCUACCGCGCGCGCCUCGUCGGUCACCGGUUUCCGGUCGCAUCACGUCAGGUCGACGGUGGCGUCUUUCCGGUCUUCGGUUGCUGCUUGACAGCUCACACCGUUGCACCUACUUCGUUCUUCCACAUGAAGAUAUUGAUGUUGUUGUGUAGGCAAAUAUAAUACCUAAAGCAAUGUUUGAAGGCUUGGUUCAGCAGUUGCUCUUGGGUUACCUUGGUCGAUAUUUCAAAGAUAUCCAGAAAGAGCAGCUGAAGAUUAGACUUGAGGUGGUACUACUAGAGAAUGUGGAGCUAAUACUUGAAGCAUUUGAUUAUCUCCAGCUUCCGUUUGCACUAAAGCAAGGUCGAGUUGGGAGGUUAAGCAUCAAAAUUCCUUGGAAAAAGCCCUGGGAUCCUAUUAUAAUUAUUUUAGAGGAUGUCUUUGUUUCUGCAUCCCAGAGAGAUGAUCAAGAGUGGGGUGCUGAAGCUGUCGAGAAAAGAGAAUUUGCUGGCAAAAAGGCUAAGCUAGCAGCAGCAGAGUUGGAAAAGUUAUCCAGACGUGUGAGUGGUAGCAAUGCCGGCCAAUCAUUCAUUUCUCACAUCACUGCAAAGGUUCUUGACAGCAUUCAAGUAGACAUUAGGAAUUUUCAUGUUUUAUACAGUGAUAUGCAGAAUGACAUGGGGCAUGUUAUGUUUGGUUUGAAGUUCUCUAAUUUGACCAUGAAGCAAAAUGUUGCUGGGUCUUAUAAUCCAAGGGUGAGGGUGGGCCAAGAGCAUAAAAUCGUAGAGAUUAAAGGACUGGAAUUUUAUUCCAGUAUAUUUCAUGGUUCAAUGGAAUUGGUAACUGUGAAUUGGAUGAGUAACUCCCACUUAGCAACUAAUAUAAGAUCUGAAGGGGAAUAUUAUAAUUCUAUAUUGGCUCCUUGUGAUGUAACCAUAACUCUUUCGGCUAACAGAUCACAUAGGCCUGAUGAUGAUGCACCACAGUAUUCUGUCAGUGCUGAAAUGAGUGGUUUGGUUGUAUCCUUAGAUGAGUGUCAGUUGCAACAGAUGUUUAUCGUGUGGGAUUAUGUUUGCAUUUGUAGGUUAAGAGAAAAGUAUGGCCGCUUUCGUCCUUGGCACUGUCCUCUACCAAGAAAAUCUAAGGGUUGGCAAAUAUUUUGGUGGCACUAUGCACAAGAAUCAGUCCUUUCAGAUGUACGCAAGAAACAAAAGAAAACAUCAUGGAGAUACCUUGGGGAUAGAUUAAGCUACCGUCGGAAAUAUAUUAACUUGUACAAGAUUAAGUUGGAUUUUCUUCAACAACAACAGCCAGUUGAUGAAGAUGUGCUCCAAGAUUUGGAAGAAAUGGAGAAAGAAUCAGAUUUGGAUGAUAUUCUGAAUUAUCGAUCUGCUGCAGAAUAUGCUAUGCGGGAAUUACUUUCAGGGUGUUCUGCUCCUAACAAUGGGAGGAUGCACAUUGAUAUUCCUACAGAAAAGUCGUCCAUAGAUGACCAUGCAGUCAAAUCACGGGGAUGGUUGAAUUGGUUAUCUCGUGGUAUGCUUGGUGCUGGUGGAACUGAUGAUUCCAGUCAAUUUUCAGGAGUUGUGUCAUUUGAUGUUGAGGAUAUAUCUGAGGCAACAGAAUUUCAUCCUGUAGUUUCAUCCAGUCUUGACAUUGCUACAAAGCAUGAAUUAUGCACAUUGGCAUUGAAGAUUGCAAUUAAUCAGAUUUCUACAACCCUGCGUAGCAAGAGGUAUGGUAAAGCAAUUGCAGAAAUAAUUCUUGAAGGUGGGAUUGUUGAGUCUAAGCUCUACAAAGAACAUGGAGUUUUUUUAUCCAAAUUCAAGUUCGCGAAAGUAGUUCUUCCAAAUAGCCAGGAAGUGAUUGUACAUAUUAGAAGGCCUUUCAUUGAAAAUAAUACAUCAGAUAUUGACGAUCAUGCAUGCAGCAUUCAAGUAGAUUUUUCAUCUGAUGGAGAUACAGCCAUGUCAGUAAAGGGAGUGCUUCAACAAAUUCAAGUGAUGUUUGAUGGGAGCAUCUUUUUGAAUCUGCUGGAGUUCUAUGAUGUCUUUACAACUUUCAAAUUUCAUAAUGAAAGGGUGCUGUUGUCACUGAAUGAAAUGAAAAAUGACAACGCUCGGCUCUUAUCCAAAGCAGAAUAUGUUUUCGCGAACAAUAAGAAAGUUAUGUGGGAAAUUACUAUCUUUGAUGUUUCUGUUAAUAUUCCGUGGAGGAAUACAGCAGCAAAAUAUUGCAACUUGUUGAUGAAUUCAAGGUCUUUAUGCUUGAAAUCAACUGAGAAUCUUGAAUCGUUCUCUUCAAAUGAUGAGGACCACCAACCCUACUGUGUGAAGAGCUUUUUAAAUUCGAUAUCUGCAUCAGAUAUUUGUAUAGGAAUCCAACUUCAAGAUUUGUACAAUUAUUUUGAUGUUAGACUCGAUGAUUUCCAGAUCACUUUAAUUGGUUCUGACCAGUCAGAAAAGGUUUCUAUUCUACAGAAAUUGAGUGCAACAUUCUUCCUGGCAUCUUGUGUAAUCCCGGAUGAAUCCAUUUUGAAACAGUUGGAGGUCUAUGUUUUCAUAGCACCAUUUAAAGCACACUUCUCUCCUUCCAUAUAUGGUGCAAUCUUAGAAUUGAUCACUUAUCAAGGAACCUUGCAUCUGAGCAGGGAAUCUGAAACCUUGAACUGGCCUUAUCCUCCUAAUGUGCCUUUGGUUACGCCAAAAUCUUCCACUUUUGGAAUAUCCAUUAGUUCAAAAUUUGGCUCAGUUGAUCUGGAAGUGGACUUUGAAAAUAGUGGAGAUAACAGCUCAGAGCUCUUGGUUUCCCUACAAGAAAUAGACAUGCGGUAUGGUUCAAUGGAAUUUCAGGAGUUAUUUCUUAGUAUAAGAUCUUUAAUGGUCUCUAUUUGUGAAAAGAAAGAUGAAAAAGACAGCCUUUUGGUUCUUUCCUCUGGGAAUUUAUCUUCUCCUAUUAGUGCAGUUGGAGAAGAGUCUGUUUCUGGACCAAGUAAUGAAUUUGAUCAACAUUCUGAUGCAGCUUUAUCUGGUGAUGCAUGUUUUGCAAUGCAUUAUGAAUCUCCUGGAACUGAUUUACUUUGUCACAAGUGUAUUAUGUACCUAAAUAAUACUGACAUCCACUGUUACCCACAUAUUGUGGGACUUUUUGUUGGAUUCUUCAAUAAGUUGUCUUCCUAUAAUAUCAAUUUUGAGAACUCUGCUUGCAGUGAUACUUCUGAGGUUUCAAACAUUUUAUCAACUCUUGGGUCACAGAAGUUUGGCUUCUCAAAUUAUUUCGAAUUUGGUUCCUCUGAUUCUGCAUGCAUUCCAGUGGAUCAUUUUCCAUUUGUUACAAUUCACAAUACUGACUCUCUGCAUAAUCUAGAGAGUGCACUUAUAUAUGCCAUUCCUGAGUGGAGAAAAUAUUUUACUCUGAGGGACAAAAAAAUUAGAUGUUCCAAAAUUAACAUGAGAAGAAGGUCCAGAUUUUCCCACAUUUCACCCUCAAAGUCCAGACCCAAUUCUGGAUAUCUAAAGGAAUCUGGGAUUGCGAGUAUCUCUAACGUUAUUUCUAUAGAGCUGCAUGUUUGCGGAAUACGAGUACAUUUUCACGACUCAUCAUGCAUUAUUGGAACAAUAAUGGUACCUACAUCUAAAUCCUGUCUCUUAUUUUGUGAAGAAAGCUUUGAUAUUUCGUCUUCUUUCGAAGGAUUGGUUCUCACAUCAUCUUGGUGGGGCCGGAAUUUCCAAGAUUAUCUAUGGGGUCCCUGCUCAAAUUUAUCUCCUAUUUUGAAUGUGCGUGUCAGGAAAGGAAAGAACAUAUCUUCAACUAUUGGGUUGGAAGUAAGUAUUAGUGUUCAGCAUGUGUACUGCAUGUUACCCUCUGAGUAUCUCUCCAUCAUCAUUGGUUACUUUUCAUUAGCUGAAUGGGGUGGUGAUUCAAGUGGUAGAUCUCCUGUAGUGGAGCAGAGCGAUGUAUAUGUUAAAAAUGAAAUGAGUAUCACAGUAAAGUUUGAGGUCUUGGACUCUACUCUUAUUUUUCCAGUGGAGAGUAAUGAAUACCAAUAUCUAAAGGUUGAAAUGCGGCAGUUAUAUGGUAGUUUUAUUGAGAAUUCUGGUUUUGACAACAUAUUGAAGAGCAUCCCUCCUGAAUGUUUAGUUCCUGUUCAGAAGCUUGCCAAGAGGAAUAAUUGUGUAAAUGUGUUUGCCCGGGAUGUCUACCUAUUAUUUGUUUUGUGCAAGAAUGAUAUGUAUGGAUCAGCAACAAUUGAACAAAAUACUGAGUUUGUGUUAAAUACUUUAAUUGCCCCCAUAAAUGCUGAUGUUUGGGUUAGAAUUCCAUAUGGUGAGACUAGUUGCAACAGCUCUUCAUCGUCCAUAUGUUGCAUGACAAACAUCAGCAGUUGUUAUAUUAUUGCUGAAGAGAGUAAUUUUUUGGAUGGAUGUUUGGCCCUAUUGGAUGUUAUUGAUGAGUUCUCCACUGUUGAAGAUAAAUCAAAAUGUUUCCAAUCAGAUCUUCUGCAAUUCCUAGAUUUGAAGAGAAGUUUAAAGGCAACUGGUGCCAUUUCAACGACUCCGGGUGUGAUGAUAUUGACAGAAAUAAAAUGUCACACUCAGUCUUUGUUGAUAAGCUUCUGUCACAAAAAAGAAGAUUCUGUUGAACUAAUAGCUAAGGGUGAUUUCCAAUUUAUUUGCUCUGCAUCCUUGGUAAAUGAUUCACUGGUUUCGAUAGAUGUAGGUUUCUCCACCCUUGUGUUAUACUCCCCACACGAUUCUAUGUUAGCAAAAUUCAGUUCAGCUCCCUGUUCCACAUUAGUACUUGAAAUAUCUUUUUCUAAAUCUUUGGACAGUCAGAAUGAAGUCAGCCUCAGUCUUUCGUCUCUUGAUGUUUGGCUUCAUCUGUGUGAGUGGACUGAGGUUCUUAAAUUCCUCAAUCAUUUGAGUGUAAGUUUGGACAAAAGUGUUUCUACAGAUGCAACACCCAAGAGCUUGUCUUUCAAUGCUGCUGAUUCUGUAAAAAUGACAGCAAGAUGUGAUGCUUCCAAUUUCCUUGAUUCUGACAUUAACUCAUCGCAGUUUACAUCACAAGAAGCAGAGAAUGUUGUUUUAAUGAUUGUUAAGUCGAACCUCAUUUCUAUUUCAUUUCACAUCCCUGUCUGGGUUAGUGAAGAACCUUGCAUGGAAUUUCAGCUUUCUGAAGGUCUCAAAGUGACACCUUUAAGUGCAUCCUCUGAUUUGGUUGAAGAGAAAGACGCAAACUUCUUGACAGUGACUUUUAACAUGAAUGGUUUUGAAUUUUUCAUGAGUAGCAGAGAUUUCCAUCUGAAGUCCAACAUGGAAAAAUUGAGCUGUGUAAUAAUGACUCUUGAGAAUGGAAGAUAUACAUCUUCGCCUCUUUGUGAUAUCUUUCAGGUUCAUGUGGAGGCUGUACUGUGCAAGAACCCAACAAACACAGCCGAGUCCAGGGUGGAGAUUAUAUGUGAUCAUUCAGAUGUGUGGCUUUCACAUCCUGCAUUCUAUUUAUGGGGUGCUAUAAAAUUCGACAUUCCCAGAUCUGGCUCUUCCCAGUAUUCUGCUAGUGGCAUUGCUUUCAAGUUUAAUAUGAGGAAAGUCUCUAUUCUGCUAACAGAUGGAAAGUGGAGCUAUAAUGGGGCACAGAUUGAGAUUCUAGUCAGAAACAUCCUCUUUCAUGUAAAGACAAGCGAAAAACUUAUGGAAUGUUCAGUUACUGGUGAUCUUCAAGUUAAUUACAAUAAUAUUGAGAAGGUGUCGUGGGAGCCUUUUAUUGAACCUUGGCAGCUUCUAUUGACUUUAGUUAGAGAACAAGAAACGAGUACUGUGCUGAGUAUGUCUGUUCCAACAGAAAUCAUUUUCAAGUCUACUACUCAGCUGAACAUUAAUAUCACAGAAUCCUUAGUUGAGUGUGUUUCACGCACAACUGAGAUGCUCUUGGAUGCGCUGGGGCUGGUAGGAUUGAAUAAUUAUGAUGGCAACAAACUUAUCCAUUCGCCAUAUGCUGAGCUCAUGUGUACGAGAAGAUGUGGUGCUCCCUAUGUCCUACAAAACCUAACUUCCGUUCCUCUUCUAUAUCAUGUAUAUCAUGGUCCUUUAAAUCCUGAUGAACUUUAUGAUUCCAAUGAGAAAUAUGGAAAAUAUGUAAACCCAGGUUCCACAAUUCCAAUAUACAUGGAUGAAAACACUGAAGAGCGGCUUUCACGUUACAGGCCUUCUCAUUCUUCUGAUAGUCUAAAUGAUCAGAGGCUAAAUGGUUUUGCUCAUCAUUAUAUAACUGUGCAGCUUGAAGGAACACCUAUGCCAUCUAACCCAAUGUCAAUGGAUUUAGUAGGAGUUACAUACUUUGAGGUUAAUUUCUCCAAGACAUACAAUGAAAAUGACGAGGAUGGUAGAAUGAGUACAGGGCCUACUUUCAUUGUUCCCGUUGUUUUUGACGUUUCAGUGCUGCGCUAUAGCAAGUUAAUUCGAAUAUACUCCACUGUUGUACUCCAAAAUGCAACUUCUAUUCCUCUUGAGCUGCGGUUUGAUAUUCCAUUUGGUGUGUCACCGACGAUAUUAGAUCCGAUACACCCAGGGAAACAGUUACCACUUCCACUGCACUUGGCUGAAGCUGGUUUUGUAAGGUGGCGGCCUAUGGGGAGCUCUUAUUUGUGGAGUGAAGCUCACAACCUCUCAAAUCUUCUAUCAGUGAAUAGCAGAGUAGGAAAUUUAAAAUCAUUUGUCUGCUAUCCAUCUCACCCAAGUAGUCAUCCAUUUCGUUGCUGCCUAUCAGUUAAGAAUAUCAGCUUGACUUCAUCUGGUUGGAUGAACAGUAAUAUCUCUGCAGAUGAUGAAAAAAAGCGUUAUAUUCAUCACUUGAUCCUAAGUGCUCCUUUAACAAUUAGCAACUACCUUCCUAAGGAAGUUUUGUUGGUUAGUGAAAGUUCAGGGGUAAAUCAUACUGUGAGGGUUUCAGAGGUGGAAACUUCUGUUUAUCAUAUUGAUCCCUCUCAUGAUCUAGGAGUGGAGAUCUGCAUUGACGGAUUUAAACAUUCUGAUUUCAAGUUUCCUCGUUUAGAAAAUUUCUGCACACUGGCCAAGUUCAGUGAAACUGAAACCAAGUUUUCACUGUCUGAAACCCUGAUAUUUGAACCAACUAAUUCAGACGGUCAUAUGUAUGUUACAGUGGAGAAGGUGAUAGAUGCAUAUUCUGGUAGCAGGGAAGUAAUAAUAUAUGUUCCUUUCAUCUUAUAUAACUGCAUGGGUUUUCCUAUGUGUAUAAAAGAAACAACUAGUGGGUCAAAUCAGAGGGGAUUUGUUAUUCCUUCGUAUUAUGAUUUUUGUGAAAACGAAACAAUUUCUACAAAAAAGGAUGGUCUCUCUCUCCUGUCAUCCAGCCAUGAGUUACAUGCUGAAGUUCCUCUUAACCCAAGGAGUUAUUUGAAGAAUCAUACCAUCUCAUGCAGAGAGGAUGUUACUGCAAACACUUCGAGCUUCCCAGGUGGUUCCUUAUUAUUCUCUGGUAACUACCAUGGAAGUUUAGGAAGACAACGAAGGAAAAGUGGUUCUACAAAUGGGAUUUCAUCUUUAGGAAGAUCGAAGAAUACAGCCAUCUCCAUUAUCCAGUCAACUUGGAAGGAUUUUGGUUCCGGUAAUCAGGAGCAUGGAAAGGUUGGGCCAUGUAUGUAUUCUCCUGCCGCUAAUUCUGCUAUAAAUGAGAUUUUGGUUAAAUUAAGUAGAUAUUUCCCUGGAGAUGCUAGCGAACAGUUGCCAUUUUCUUUGUGGUCAAGUCCAUUUUCUCUGCUACCACCAAGUGGUUCAAGUACGAUUCUUGUUCCUCAGUUAGCGUCAAAUUCUGCAUUCAUUGUAGCUGUGACUUCUAACACAAUUGGUGAACAAUAUACUGGGAGGACAAAUGCAAUCACUUUCCAGCCUAGAUUUGUAAUCAGCAAUGCAUGCAGCAAGGAAAUAUCUUACAAACAGAAGGGAACUGAUGUAAUUUUUUAUUUAGGAAUAGGGGAACAUGCUCAUCUUCAUUGGACAGAUAUGACUAGGGAGCUGCUUGUCUCAAUUUGUUACAAUGAAUCAGGAUGGCAGUGGUCUGGAAGCUUUUUGCCAGAUCAUCUAGGUGAUACACAACUGAAAAUGAGGAACAUUGUUUUUGGCACUUCAGACAUGAUUCGAGUUGAGGUGCAGAAUGCUGACAUAUCAAUGGGGGAUGAAAAAAUAAUUGGAAGCAUUAAGGGAAACUCAGGCACCAACUUGAUUCUUUUGUCGGAUGAUGAUACAGGGUAUAUGCCAUACAGAAUUGAUAAUUUCUCCAAGGAGGUUGGUCUCUAUUCUCUGUUUCAUUAUUACACCAUGUGGAAUUUAAAUAAUUUGGAAUCUGAAGGUUACUGCUAUUAAAAUCUGAUUUUGGAUUGUUUUCCCUCUUUGUUAUGCAUGUCAAUAUGCAUUCUCUGAUUUCUUUAUCGUUUCAUGUGAAUGCCUACUAUUGUUAUGAUUUAAUGCUUUUUUUAACUGUCAUUUCAUGGUUCUUGCUUGUGAAUUAAGUCUUUUAAUCAUUCUGUAUGGUUCAAUUUAAUGGUUCCUUGGAUAGACAGAUUAAAGCCAUUUCAGGGAACAGUAGCUCUGUAAGAUAUGAAAUACUUAUUGUCUUUAUACAGUUAAUGUUCAAUAAGUAAUACCUAGGUUAAUAUUGGACGAUUAAUACAUAUUCAGGAAUGGACGAGUCUUGGUAAUCUCAUAAGAAAGAACAUCAGUUUGGCAA